AACACACCUGCCCUAUCUGGCUGUGUGUCUUCAACAGGCUUUCUGGGUCAGACGCCUCUUGUAAUUUUCCAUUCUGACUUGUUGAUACCGACAAAGGGGGCUUGUCAACCAUCUGGCUCAGAAAUCCCGAAGACGGUUUGAGUCGUGUUAAUCCGUUUUGGACCAGGCCGGCUCAUCUGAGCUGACUGGAGCUGCGGACGUUCAGCAGGGAGAUUCAGCCGCUCAUAAAUGGAGAAGCCCGCUCUGGAUUCCAGUGAGGAGAGUACCUGGUUGGGAGAGGGCCAGUCUGAGGUCCAGCUUGCAACCAGUCCUGACCCAACAGAGCCAAAUGAAGAAGAUCGACCAGCCUGGGAUUCUAAAAUCCAGUAUGUGUUGGCUCAGGUCGGCUUCAGCGUGGGCUUGGGGAACGUCUGGAGGUUUCCAUACCUUUGCCACCAAAAUGGAGGAGGGGCCUUCAUGCUUUUGUAUGUUUUUCUUUUACUGAUUGUGGGAGUCCCCCUGUUUUUUAUGGAGCUGGCAGCUGGCCAGAGUAUUCGACAGGGAAGCAUUGGCGUAUGGAAGCACAUCUCCCCGAAGCUGGUGGGGAUUGGGUACUCCAGCUGUGUGGUCUGUUUUUAUGUAGCUCUUUACUAUAAUGUCAUCAUUGCAUGGAGUAUUUUCUACUUGGGAAAUUCCUUCCAGUAUCCUUUGCCGUGGGAACAGUGCCCGAUUGAUGCAGGCACCAAUGAAACAGUAAAGGAAUGUGCGAGUAGCUCUCCAACGCAGUAUUUCUGGUUCAGGAAAGCGCUGAACAUCACCAAUUCGAUAGAGGAAUCUGGAGAGUUUAACCCCAUCAUGACGGGAUGCUUACUGGCUGCUUGGGCGAUCGUAUCGCUGGCUAUGAUCAAGGGCAUCAAGUCCUCCGCAAGGGUGAUGUACUUCUCCUCAGUUUUUCCCUAUGUGGUGCUCUUCAUUUUCCUCAUCAGAGGGAUGUUGUUGGAUGGAGCCAUAGAUGGAAUCACAUAUAUGUUUUAUCCCAAACUUGAGAUUUGGGGGAACGUACAGGUGUGGCGCCAGGCGGCUACACAGGUGUUUUUUGCAUUGGGUCUGGGCUAUGGCUCCGUUAUCGCAUAUUCCUCCUACAAUCCGGUCCACAACAACUGCCACAGGGAUGCCCUGAUGGUCUCCGGCAUCAACUUUAUGACAUCUGUGCUGGCCUCACUGGUGGUUUUCGUGGUGCUGGGUUUCCGGGCCAAAAACAUCGCCCUACGUUGCGUUGCUGAAAAUCUUGGUGUGUUAAAUCUUAUGUCCUCUAACGGAUCCAGCCACCGCUGGUGGCCUUCGUUCAACGUUACGGAUCCGAGCUCCGUGUCUUUAUCUGAAUACAGACAGUGGUACCAUGAGCUCGGCUCCACGCUGGGUCCUCAGCUCACUAACUGCAAUUUGGAGGAGGAGAUGAACAAGGGCGUUGAGGGGACGGGCCUGGCAUUCAUAGCAUUCACUGAAGUCAUGGCCCUCUUCCCGGCCAGCCCCUUCUGGUCCACGCUGUUCUUCCUGAUGCUCCUCAACCUGGGCCUGAGCACCAUGUUCGGGACCAUGCAGGGGAUCCUCACGCCUCUCAUGGACAACUUUAAACUGCUGGGCCGCCAUCGGACCCUCCUCACCGUGUUCAGCUGUGCCUUGGGGUUCAUAAUCGGAUUAUUGUUCACCCAGCGAUCUGGCAAUUAUUUUGUGAUGAUGUUUGACGACUACUCUGCAACCCUGCCACUUGUUAUUGUUGUGAUUUUUGAAACAAUCAGUGUGGCAUGGGUUUAUGGCACUGAUCGUUUCCUGGACGAUAUUGAACUCAUGCUCAAAUGGCGCCCCCCAGUGGUGUACAAAUAUCUCUGGAAAUACGUGUGUCUGCUGGCAAUGGUUGGUCUCCUUGCUGCCAGUUUACUUCGAAUGGUUUUCAAGGGACCCACGUACACUGCCUGGAAUCAGACCGCAGCCUCUGAGAUGACGCUGGCGUACCCAGGCUGGGCCCUGGCUAUGAUCGUCAUACUCAUCGUGUUCGCCAGCCUUCCUGUGCCCAUCGGCUACAUCCACUCCGUGCUGAAAAGCCGCUCCGCCCUCGACACCCCCCCCCAGGAGGGCCCCGGCCCCGAGGUGCACCGCGAGCUGUACACCAAGUGCAACUCCACCGAUCAGCUGGACUCCAACUCACAUCCGGCCCCCUGUGAGGAAGACGGGGUUCGUCCCAGGACUUCCUUCCUGCCGGUGGGCAACGAGCAGUACCGGCUCCUUCCACAGCAGGAGGAGGAGGAAGGGGAAGAGGAAGAGGAGGAAGACACAGGAGUGUGAGGGGGAUGUUCAAGCUGAUCAAAUUUUGGACUGUGAUGAGAAAAGACUAAAGUGAGAACAGUCCGUUACAGUAUUUUUUUUUUCGUCAGAAUGAUUAUCUAUUUUAUAUCUUUAGCCAAAAUCAUUUUCAGUAUUUAAAAAUGAAAUCCAACUCCUCCAGCUGGCUCCCUACUCCACUUUCUGAACCACGUUUAAACUGACUGAAGAGAAACAUGCAGCUUCUAUUCACCAUCUUAACUUCAUGCGGGAGUCGUAACUGAGCCGGUGGUCAAUCAAGCCACCAAUCGGCUACGAGAAGUAUGUUUUUAGAUAAAUAAGGCUUUAAUUUGCAAGAAAAACUCUGCUUCGAGAAACUGUGAUGUUUGCAUGCCUGCGUAUGAUAGUGGUGUUAGUCUGUGUGAAACCGGACAGAGAUUCAACCGUUUUGAUUUUUGUGAUCAGUUUCUUCAGACUAGAGAGGUUGAAAGGAUGGAGCUGCACGUUUUAACGCCUUGGCAGGAAAAAGAUGAAACUUUACUUUGAUAGUUUGGAGUUUACUCGCCGCUUGCUUCAGGGAGGAUUCUGUCUCCUGAACGUUUGAUAUCAACUGACCGGUUCUGUCCAGGUGACUGGACCGCUGCGUCCUGUCAACUGAUGAGCAGCAAACAAAGCACACACACAGACCAUUUCAAAAGAGUUGUUGUUUUAAUUUGUUGUUGAAAAUGAGUCGCAGAUAUGAAAUAAAACUAUUUUAUUCGACAGGUUUAAAAGUGACAUUCUGGAUUAAGUAAAUGAAAAACAAAGCAGAAUUAAUCAAUGUUGAUGAAAGGAAUCAACUGAAACCAAUAAAUAUCAGAGUAAGAAGUUUGUGUUUUGUUUCAGCUCUCUUGGCUUUUCUAACAACUUUUAUUCUGUAAAGAAUAUAUUUCGCUAAUGUGAAACAUUAUUUUAGCUCAAUCUCUUUGAGCUAAAACCCAAAAUACCAAAAUACACUUUAUUGUAUCAAAGUGUCUUCACAAGAAUGUCAUGCAAAAAGGACAACAUGGUGUUUUUGCUUUUAUUUAAAACAGGAAAGCAAGAGUUAUUCCUACUACUGCUAAAAUAAUACAACAUAUUAGUAUUAUUAUUAAUACAAAGUAUUCUAAAUAUUGUUGACUAUUACAAUUGUGAUUAAGCUUAUGAUAUGUAUUUAUUAUUUUAUUAAAAUACACAGACUUAUUAGAAAUACCUUAUUACCAGCCACUUAUCUGUAGUGUUCAAGUAUACCUGCUCAUUCUACCAUUUACCAUUUUGUUGUUUAAAAGAGCAACAAACAGCUGAAUUUAUUUUUUUCUCUAGGCUAUAAAGAAUGAUAGCAGCCUCCUUUCAGCCAGCUGAUCAGUAGUGUGCAGCAGCUACUCUGCUCUAAACAGCCAGUGGAAACAUUCCAGCUCUGUCUCUGGCAUCUGGUUAACAAAGACUUAAAAUUGUAGUGAUCUUGAAUGUCUUAGUGGUUGUGAAAGUAACUCUUUGAAACUGAAAUAUCUGUUGGUAGCGGUAGUUGCAAUAUUUUUGUCUGAUUUUGACAAAUCACACAAAACAGUUUUUUCACUAUUAGACAUUUUCUGUUGAAAUGAGAUCUGGGCUUUUUGCCGGCUAUAUUAAGUCGACUUGCCUUCCAGAAGAACGACUUUAACGCUCUUAGCUCAGCAGAUAGAUACAUUAUCAUCUGGGUAAAUCAUUUCAUCAUCAACAAACUGGAAUAACCCAACGUUGUUGCAGAGCAGUAGCUGUGAGAAAUGCUGGGGGUUUCAGUCUUUCUGUGUUUCUUUGGAAUGUUACAAAACAAGAUUUGUGACUCAUAACAGAACAAAACUUUUAUCCAGGUAUCCACAGCUUCUCUUUAAUCCACCAGAACCUUCUGUCUUUCAUUUCUUCGGUGGGUUUCUGUUUUCAAUGCAUGUUGCUGGAGCUUUGACUUUUGUUUUUUUUUUUUUUUUUUUUUUUUUUUGGUCAAUCUGUAUUUUUCUCUUAUCCAACCUUCUUAAAUUGUUUGUCCAGCCAGUUUAUAGAAACAAAAAAAACAUUUUGUUUCACUUUCUUUUAUCUGCAGACUCAUUUGCAUACAGCAAUUAGACAUAUUAAUGCAUUUGUUUCAGAAAUACAAAUUGCAGGGGAACUCCAUCAUUUUUCCUUCAGUAUUGAGUUAUUCCGUAUUUUUUGUAGCCUUGUUCGGAAAAUGAAUGUAACAUUAAUAAACUAGUGAUUUCAUCUUUUUUUUUCUUAAAAGGGAUUGUUCUGCUGAGAAAUCUUUCUUUGAAACAAAAAUAACCAGUGGAUAUGAGCGGCAACAGUUUUCAUCUCUGUUUUGUGUUUUUCUGUGAGAUCAGGAUGAUUUGAGUGCAUCUUUUCUGAAUUGGUUUGCUUUUGAAAUAAAUAAAAAAAUGUGACAGUAA